GGAUAGAGAGACAGUUUAUCUAAAUGCAUAGAAAGAAAACUGAAUAACAUCAUAUCACUGAAGGAACCUCAGGAAGAACCAGUUUUGAUUCUUUAACCCCGCAACAAAACACGAAUCAAAGACAAAGGCGACUCCAUAUCCAAAUCCCACUAACUCAAUCUCACAAUCACCAUGAAAUCACCCUUCUUUCUACUCCACAUAAGAGACCUAUGAUGACACAAUUACUCUCUUCAUCCCCCAUUUUUUCAUCUUUUAACAAUCUGCAAAAUAACGAAAGUUUGAAUCUUGAAUCUUCUUCAUACUCCUUUUUGUGUUUCUCGUUUACCACUAACUCUUCUGCUUACAAACUUGUUCAAACUCUUUGCCGUUUUGGUUUGCGUAGAUUUCACUUGAAGUUUCUUAUUCUCUUUUCAGUUCCUUCUCUCUGUUUCUUUGUUACCAAUCCUCACCGUUUUAUUGUGUUAAGUUUCCUUUCUAUAAUUGCUUUUUUUAUAACCCUUUUUGUGAUAUCUCUUAAGCUUGCACUGCCUGGUUUCCCUUCUCUUCGUUUGGUUCUCACUCGCUUAUUACCAAUAAAGUUCACUACUUUAAACACCUCAUCGUGGAAAGAACCUGUUAGACCUGUUGUUUGGUCAAUUGGAUCAAAGCCAAAACCGGCGAAGAACCCAAUUUCAGGUUCUUGGGUGAAAGCUUACAGUAACGGGGAUGUGUAUGAAGGGGAGUUUCAUAUAGGAAAGUGUUCAGGAAGUGGAGUUUAUUACUAUUAUAAAAAAGGGAGAUAUGAGGGUGAUUGGAUUGAUGGAAAGUAUGAUGGAUAUGGAGUGGAGACAUGGGCUAGAGGGAGCAGAUAUAGGGGGCAAUAUAGGCAAGGUUUGAGGCAUGGAAUUGGAGCAUAUAGGUUUUACACUGGUGAUGUUUAUGCAGGAGAGUGGUCUAAUGGGCAGUGUCAUGGAUGUGGAGUACAUACAUGUGUGGAUGGGAGCAUUUAUAUUGGGGAAUUCAAGUGGGGUGUCAAGCAUGGCCUUGGUCAUUACCAUUUCAGAAAUGGAGACACAUAUUCGGGAGAAUAUUUUGCAGACAGGAUGCACGGUUUUGGAAUUUAUGAAUUUGGGAAUGGACAUCGGUAUGAGGGGGCCUGGCAUGAGGGGAGAAGGCAGGGUCUUGGAAUGUAUACUUUCAGAAGUGGUGAGACGCAAUACGGUCACUGGCAAAAUGGGGUUCUCGAUGUUCCAAGCACACAAAACCCACAUCCUGCAUCUCUUUAUCCUGUCAACCAUUUCAAAGUCUUGAAUGCCUCCCAGGAAGCACAACAAGCUGCUGCAAAAGCAUAUGACGUCGCAAAGGUGGAUGAAAGGGUGAAUAAAGUGGUUGCUGCUGCCAAUAAAGCAGCCCAUGCAGCGAGAGUUGCAUCUGUAAAGGCUGUUCAAAAUCAAACACACUAUGGCAGUGAUGAUAUAGAAAUUCCAUUUGAUCCUUAGCAGGCAAAUGGUGUCUAGAUCAUUCUUAUGCAAUUAACUACAAGCAUUUCAGUUUUAUUUUCAUUUUACCAGACAAGAGACUGAACACGAGAGCACUGGGAAAGUGGGUCUUUUUCUCCUCUUUCACCAUGCUGUUACUCAGAUUUUUGGUGUGUGUUGUUAUUUCUUUUGCAUUAAGGUCUUGGAACUACUUUCUGUCAUGAGAGUUAGAUGGUUGAUUGCAGAGCAAGAUGGGAUGCUUCUUUUCUUGCCCGAAUAACAUGUACAUAGGUUGAGAGGUUUGAAAAAUGGGACCUAAUCUAUUUUGCUUAUUGUAAUAUGUAAAUAGUUAUGUGAGUGAGUCUUUGCUAGUA